AUGCCUUCCCAAACUCUUCCCCCGCCGAAGAAACGCAAGAAAUGGUCUCUCUCAGCGUUCUGUAUUGGCGAGGUCCCAGAGGAGCACAACGUCCACAUCCGCAGGCCGUCUCUCAUCCUCCAGACCAGGCCGUACACGCCGCCAGCGUCCGUCCACAAGACCGUCUCCGCAUCCACCGCAGCGCCCAAGCAUCCGGUCCGCCCUCGCACCAUCCGCUUCCAGGACCCCCUCCCGGUCCCACGCACCCUAAUCACGCCGUGCAAGGAUAUCCUCGUGCGCGUCGCAUACUUCUGCGACUCGCAGAACCUGCGCAAGCUCCGCAGCGUGAGUCGUGAGAUGCGUUCUAUCGCAGAAGGUAUUCUGCUCCGGCACGUCCAAGUCGGACGUCGCGGCGUCCUCGUCGUUCCUCCACCAGGCGGAACUCGGUGCUGGGCACCUUCGUCAGUCGAUGUCGAUGAUGCACCGGCGCUCGCAUCGCUCACAGCACUCACAAUGCCGAGGCCCAGUGCCAAGGAGAAGGCGCUCGUCACUGUCAAGGAAGCCCCAGAGUCUGGGGAGGACGAGGAGACUCUUUCACUUUGGGCGCAGCACCGCCACAGCAUUGAUGAACGUGACGAGGACGCGCCAUGGUCCGACUCUGACACCGAUGCCGAGAGCGACGACGAGUCCCUCUGCUCCAACGAACCUUCCUCGUUCUCCACGACCAUGGCCGCAUCGUGCAAAGGCUUACACCUCCCACCCGCUGCCAACGUCACGUUCAUUCUCCCAACUCGCUCUCGCCUCAUGCGCAAAAUCCGCGUCGCCGACAUACAACCAGAGGCAGAGGUCGCUGUACUCCGCCGCUUGAUCUCGGUACCACCGCCUAUUGCUCGCGCUCUUCCUGGCGCGAGUGGGACGCUGACGAGUGACACGGUCAUUGUCUUCUCUCGUUCACGCGAUGACGUGCCGCCAGCGUACCCGCGUCCAGCAUUGACCACCUCAUCCGCGCGGACGGUCAUCACCAACCUCCUCGAUGCGGAGGGGACUGAAGGACUCGAGGGCCUGUCGUGUGGUAUGCAGCACACGAUCAUAAUCAUCACCCCAGCGACCGCAGAGGCCAAGGCCAAGAAAGAGGAAACUGUCGAAGCCACAGACGAAGACGCCGAGGUCGCCACGCUCGUCGACGUCUCUCGCUAUCGCAGCCUCAGCCCUGCGACCACCGCUGUCGCCAGUCCCGAACAGGCCAUGCGCCAGAAAAGACUUCUCGAGGAGGACGCUGAUCCGCAUCGCCUCAUCGAGAGUCUCGCCACCAACAUCGCACGCCUGCUUCCCGAGUCGGACAGUACGUGGACGAUUGUCGGGGCCGAGAGCUGGCCUUCCGACUGGGUCAAUGGCCGGAGCGGGCGCAAGCUUGCGCCCAACGACGGGAGGGAUAUGCAGGACGCGCUGCGUGCACUUGUGUCGGACAAGUUUGCAGAGUGGGCGAGCGAGGACAGCGCGGAGCGCCUACACUUCGUCUCCCGCGCCGACUGGGCACGCGAGGUCGGCAAUGAGGUGUACAGGCUCGCCAGUGAGUUGUGA